CGCCACGUCCAGCCCACCUUAAGUUACCACCGAAACCUUAACAGUAAAGCCGGCGCAUUCAUCGGAGGGGCAAAGGCAAACCACUUCUCCAUUCAAAAAAAUACCACAAAUAGUUGUUCCCGACUUGAACCCCUUGAUUUACUUUCUUCUUUUCCCCCUGCCCUAGACCCUCGAACUCGACGAGAAAAGAGAAAAAGAUGGCGCCUCUAAAGGAGAUCACAACCCUGGACGAGUGGCAAGCCCACGUCGGAUCCCUCCCCUCGACCACGCUCCUCGUCAUCUACUUCUACGCCCCGUGGGCGGCGCCGUGCGCGCAGAUGCGCACCGUCCUCGAGACCCUCCAAGACGAGUUUGACAAGGAGCCCGCCGCCACCAGCUGGGUGUCGAUCAACGCCGAGGACCUCAGCGACGUGUCCGAGAUGUACGACGUCAUGGCCGUGCCGUACGUCGUCCUGCAGCGCAACGACCAGGUCAUCGAGGGCAUCAGCGGUAGCAACGCCGCCCUCGUCCGUACCGCCGUUGAGAAGCAGAUCAAGCCGAGCGGCGCGAGCCAGACCAACAACAACAUCAACACCCAUAAUCAGACAAACGGCGCCGCGGCUGCCGUCGAUAAGGUCGCGGCGGGCGGCCAGGAAGAGGAGGAACUCACGCCCGAGGAGGAGCUGAACAAGAGGCUGGCGGGACUGGUCAAGGCGGCGCCCGUGAUGCUGUUCAUGAAGGGCACGCCGAGCGCGCCGCAGUGCGGGUUCUCGCGCCAGAUGGUGGCGAUCCUGCGCGAGCGUAGCGUCAAGUACGGCUUCUUCAACAUCCUGGCCGACGACGACGUGCGGCAGGGCCUGAAGAAGUUCGCCGACUGGCCGACGUACCCGCAGCUGUGGGUUUCGGGCGAGUUGGUCGGCGGGUUGGAUAUCGUUAAGGAAGAGCUGGAAGGCAACCCCGAUUACUUCAAGCAGUUUAGUGUACUCAAGGAGGACGAGGCUGCUGCGGCAUAACCGGUCGUCGAUGUUUAAAAUACAGAAAUGGGUUCGUCGUUAAAGAAAUGACUUAUAGUUGAUCCGCACGCGAGGUCGGGGAUGCUAACUAAUGACUUGAGUUGUGCCUCCAUGAGGUGGAAGGAGUGGAAAAUCGGCACAACGGUGAGAUACUUCCAUGGAAUGGAAUAUCUAGGACCAUAUGGGAUGGUUUAUGCUUCGGCGUCUACGUUAGGUACUCGAUGGAAUUCACGCGCCCCUUUACGGAGCUAAGAGCUCGAAAGGAUCUCGUAGUCGAUGCGGUAGAUACGCCGAGGGGCCUUGUUAGAAACUACAGAUAGCUUCGCCCGUUAUGUUCACAACACGAAUGAAUUGACCCAAUAUUGGCGUUGACUUUACGUAUAUAGUGUGUGGUAUAUGCGUUACCAGGGGUGAGUAUUUGAGAAUGUCG